GCCCCGGGGGCGGGCCGGGCCCGGCCCGCGGUGGAGUGCGGGGAUGGCCCCGCCUGAGGGUAGCGGGCACCUCCGCGCCGCCCCGCCGGCCGCGGGGGCAGCGGCACGGGAGGCGGAGGCAGGGACGGGAAGAGAAGGGCCGCCCUCGCCCACCUCGGCGGUGGAGAGGGAGUUGGGGGAGCGGAGGCGAGGGGCGGGAGGAGAGAGAGCGGGAGCGCGGGCGCGGUGCAACUUUCCGCGGGCGUGUGCGGGGACCGCGGGGGCGGCGGGACACGAGGCGGGGCGCGGGCGCAUGGAGGAGCGGCGCGGUGCGGGGCCGGCCCGGGCGGGCGGCAGGCACUGAGGCAGCGGCGGCCCGGGGGCUCUGCGGGCACGGCAGCCGCGGAGCGAGCCAUGCGGGGUGCGAGGCGGAUGGCGGGUCUGCUGUGCCCCCUCUCCCUGCUCCUCACCGCGUCAUGGGGAGUCCGCUUCCACCCGGGACAAGAGACCUUAGUGAAGCAGCUCUCCUCCUAUGAGAUCAUCACACCUGUCCGAGUGAAUGAGUUUGGAGAGGUUUUCCCGCACACGCAUCACUUCAGAAGGAGGAAAAGGAGUUUGGAGGCACCGCUGGAGCCUGCUGCUUUCCGAACCCAUUACCAGCUCAGUGCAUACGGGCAGGUCUUCCAGCUCAACCUGAGUGCUGAUGCGGGCUUCGUUUCUGCUGAGUACACGGUGGUGCACGUCGGCGCCCCGCAGAAGCAGUCCUCCCCUGAUUUGCGCCACUGUUUCUACCGCGGUCAUGUCAAUGCCCAGGAGACGCACGUGGCUGUCUUCAGCAUCUGCGGUGGCUUGAUGGGCAUCUUUAAGGCACAUGAUGGUGAAUACAUUUUAGAACCUCUGAUGAAAGCAGAUGGAGGUGAACAUGAAGAUGAACAUAACAAGCCACAUCUAAUAUACAGACAUGAAGAACUUAAAAAAAAGUACCAGAAAUCUCAUAAACCCUGUGAAGUUUCAGAUAAAGAGUUGAAGAAGAGCGCUUUAUUGCGUUCAACCUUCAGCAGUUUAAAUGAAGAGAGCAGUGUUUUACAGAAGUCUCUCGGUUUAAAGUAUGCUUUAAAUAACCUCUCUCUAGAGGAUGGUGGCAAUCCACAUUCCAGGAAAAAACGUUUUCUCUCCUAUCCAAGAUAUGUAGAAGUGAUGGUUACAGCUGAUGUCAAAAUGGUUCGUCACCACGGGCAGAAUUUACAGCACUACGUACUAACACUGAUGUCAAUAGUUGCAGCAAUCUAUAAAGAUUCAAGUAUUGGAAAUCUUAUAAAUAUAGUUAUUGUCAAAUUAAUUGUAAUUCACAAUGAACAGGAAGGACCAGCUAUCACUUUUAAUGCAGCUACUACACUUCGUAAUUUUUGCUUAUGGCAGCAAUCACAAAACACUUUGGAUGACACUCACCCUUCUCAUCAUGAUACUGCUGUUCUCAUCACUAGGGAAGAUAUCUGCAGAGCUAGAGAGAAGUGUGAUACUCUUGGUUUAGCAGAGCUAGGUACAAUGUGUGAUCCACUACGCAGCUGUUCUGUAAGUGAAGAAAAUGGAUUGAGUGCUGCUUUCACUAUAGCACAUGAGCUUGGACAUGUAUUUAAUGUGCCUCAUGAUGACAGUUUUAAAUGUAAAGAAGCUGGAAUUAAACAUCAGUAUCACGUAAUGGCUCCAACUUUAAAUUAUCAUACAAGUCCAUGGACCUGGUCAAAAUGCAGUCAAAAAUAUAUCACUGAAUUUCUCGAUACUGGCUAUGGUGAAUGCCUCCUAGACAAACCUAGUGAAAGAAUAUAUGAUCUUUCCUCUCAGCUGCCUGGGUCAAUGUAUGAUGUCAACAAGCAGUGUGAACUUACUUUUGGUAGUGGAUCACAAGUGUGCCCAUAUCUGAAACAAUGCAAACGCUUAUGGUGCACAAGCACAGAAGGUGUUCACAAAGGUUGUCGUACUCAGCACAUGCCUUUGGCCGAUGGAACGGUUUGUGGUGUGGGAAUGCACUGCCGCCAUGGAAUUUGUGUGAGCAGAGAAAUGGAGAUGCGUCCUGUAGAUGGAGAAUGGGGGCCAUGGGGACCUUACAGCUCAUGUUCAAGAACUUGUGGAGGUGGAAUCAAGAGCACCACCAGGCUGUGUAAUCGACCAGAGCCAAGAAAUGGAGGAAAGUACUGUGUUGGUCGCAGGAUGAAAUUUCGGUCAUGUAAUACGGAUUCAUGUCCAAAAGGCAAAAAAGAUUUCCGGGAGCAACAGUGCUCUGAAUUUGAUGGCAGACACUUCAACAUCAAUGGUCUUACAUCUGCGGUUCGCUGGCUUCCAAAAUACAGUGGUAUUUCUAUGAAAGAUCGCUGUAAACUUUUUUGCCGAGUUUCUGGAACAACUUCCUACUAUCAGCUGAAGGACAGAGUUGCUGAUGGUACUCCCUGUGGAGCAGAAACCAAUGACCUUUGUGUUCAAGGCUUAUGCAGGCAAGCAGGCUGUGAUCACGUUUUGAAUUCCAAGGCAAGGAUAGACAAAUGUGGAAUCUGUGGUGGUGAUAAUUCUUCGUGUAAGACACUUGCAGGUACUUUCAACAGUGCUCGUUAUGGUUACAAUGUUGUAGUAAAUAUUCCCAAAGGAGCAACAAACAUUGAUAUUCGACAGUACAGCUACUCAGGGAAACCAGAAGACGACAACUACCUUGCUUUAUCUGAUGUUCAUGGAAAUUUUAUCUUGAAUGGAAAUUUUGUUGUAAGCAUGUCAAAAAAAGAAGUCAAUAUACAAGGAGCCAUUUUUGAGUACAGUGGGUCAAACAAUACGAUAGAACGAAUUAACAGCACUGAUAGAGUUGAAGAAGAGCUAACCUUACAGGUUUUGUGUGUAGGGAAUUUACACAACCCUGAUGUGCGUUAUUCAUUCAAUAUCCCAAUAGAAGACAGAAGUGAUUUAUUUACGUGGGAUCCUUAUGGACCCUGGCAAGACUGCAGCAGGAUGUGCCAAGGUAUUCGAAGAAGGAGAAUGGCAUGUAUACGUAAAAGUGAUCAUGUAGUAGUGUCUGAUCAAAGAUGUGAACUUAUACCCACUGUACCAAGUGUCUUUGAGGAGUGUAAUACAGAGUGUGAAUUAAGGUGGCACAACGUUGGCAAAAGUGACUGCACAUCAAGGUGUGGUCCAGGUUAUCGGUCUAUUGAGAUCCGCUGCAUGAAGUACUCUAGUUCAAAAGGACUCAGUGCUCCAGUUGAUGAUAGGUACUGUGCUGAUCAGCAGAGACCACCAGCCAGAGAGCCCUGCCAUGGUGACUGUAUGUUAGCAAACUGGCACUACACAGAAUGGUCAGAGUGUUCCAGGAGCUGUGCAAGAGGUGUCAGAACCAGAGAAGCUUUUUGUAUGAAUAACUUGGGUCGUCGUCUUCCUGACAGAGAAUGCCAGGAACUUCCAAAAGUUGUAACACAGAGUUGCAAUGAAUUCUUAUGUCCAAGCUGGUCAGUUACUGACUGGAGUGAGUGUCCUGUGACAUGUGGCAAAGGAAUAAAGCAUCGCCAAGUCUGGUGCCAACUUCAUGAUGAACAAAUGAGAGAUGACUUCUGUAAUCCAAAUGACAGACCAGAAACAGUGACGCCGUGUGAACUUCAUGAAUGUGCAUCUUGGCAAGUAGGGCCUUGGGGAUCAUGUUCUGCAACAUGUGGACGUGGAUACCAGAUGCGUGCAGUCAAAUGUGUUACUGGGACUUACCGUGUUAUUUUGAGUGAUGACAGGGAGUGCAAUGCUGCUACUCGUCCUAGAGAUAACCAAGAAUGUGAAUUGCCCUCUUGUCCAGAAAAUACAAAAUUAUGGACUACAUCACUUCCUCUAGUUCAUGGGGGGAAAGUGACCCAAUGGAGAUAUGGAUCAUGGACACCAUGCUCUGCAACCUGUGGGAAGGGUGAUCGUGCUCGCUAUGUGAGUUGUAGAGAUGCUCAUGGAGAUAUAGCAGAUGAAUCUUUCUGUGCUCAUUUACCACGACCAGCUGAAACUGCAAGCUGCUUUAGCCCAUGUGGAGAGUGGCAAGCUGGAAAUUGGUCCCCUUGCACAGUUACAUGUGAUAGUGGAAUAGCAACAAGACAAGUUUUCUGUGUCAACUAUAAUCAACAAAUCAACGAGAAUUACUGUGAUCCUGAAGGCCGACCAUCUAAGGAACAAGAAUGUAACAUGCCACCAUGUCCACGGGUUUAUCAUCAUAUGCCUAAAAUGCAUGACCCUCCAAGCCAUUUUCCAGAAAUAGGUUACCUCCCAAUACAUCAUCCACAAGACAAUUUAAACCAGUGGAACCAUCCCUCUGUGGGAGGAUAUCAAUGGAGAACUGGACCCUGGGGAGCAUGCUCUAGUACUUGUGCAGGUGGAUUUCACCGUCGAGUUGUAGUAUGUCAAGAUAAGGAAGGAAGAAGUGCUAGUUAUUGUGAUGAGGCAACAAAACCUCCAGAGUCGAGACACUGUGAUUCUGGACCCUGCCCGCGGUGGAACUUUGGGAACUGGGGAGAAUGUACUCAGACUUGUGGAGAUGGAAUAAAAACAAGACUGGUGAUUUGUCAGCUUCCUACUGGCCAAAUGUUGGGUGAUCAAAACUGUGAAAUUCUAGACAAGCCACCUAAUAUGGCACAAUGUAAUGUGCAUUCUUGCCCUGGUGAUGUUUCAUGGCAUCGGGGACCGUGGAAAUCGUGUUCUGUUUCCUGUGGAAAAGGUUUGAAGUUUCGUGAUGUGCAUUGUUUUAAUAGCUUCCACUCUAAAAUAGAAGAAGAAAACUGCAAACAUUUGAAAAAACCACGAACACAUAAAAUAUGUAGAGCUGGAAGAUGUCCUGCUUGGAAAACCAGCAAAUGGAAAGAAUGUUCUGUAUCCUGUGGAGUGGGGAUUCAGCAAAGGGACAUCUAUUGUCAGCUGACAGGCCUGGGACAAGUGAGCGAAGCAAUGUGUAGCCGUGAGACCCGCCCUGCUAGCAAGAGGCAUUGCUGGCUGCCUGCCUGCAUGGCCUACCAGUGGUUGGCAGAUGAAUGGGAAGAUUGCUCAGCAUCAUUUAGAAGAAAGAAAAUAUACCGGAUCAUUAAGUGUGUGAAUGGAAACCAGCUCCAAGUGGAUGAAAGCUUCUGUGAUCCUGCCACAAAGCCUCCAUCAUCCAAAACCUGCAGAGUGGCUCCCUCUAAAUAUGUUGUGUUCACAGGAGACCUGUCACAGUGCUCAACCAGCUGUGGGUUUGGUUACCAGCAGAGGAUCACGUACUGUGUUGGAAUCCAUUCUGUUCAAAAUCAGCAUACCCAUGGCCUUCAAACUGUAGCGUACCGAGAAUGCCCAGUAGAGCCAUCCCCAUACAUUUAUAAAUGUAAUAUCAAUGGAUGUUCACAAGCAGCUACCUGGAGAGUGGGGAAGUGGACCAAAUGCUCAGUAUCUUGUGGAGUGGGGAUAAAGGAGAGAACUGUAGAGUGUAUGGCUCAAAACGGCCUAUCCAGUGACUUGUGCCUGCCACAUUUAAAACCAAAUGCCAGAAGGAUCUGCCAUGAGGAAGAAUGUGAAAUUCUUACCACCUGCAAAGAUAUGCAGAUUAAAAAAGGGAUUAGAAAGGAUGGUGAAUACCUACUUAACAUUAAGGGAAGGAUGAUAAAGAUCUAUUGCUCAGGUAUGCACUUGGAGAAUCCCAAAGAAUAUUUGACACUGGUAAAAGGUGAAGCAGACAACUUUUCUGAAGUAUAUGGAUUAAGGUUGCAGAAUCCAUAUGAAUGUCCUUUCAAUGGAAGCAGAAGGCAAGACUGUGCCUGUCGAAAUGAUUACCUUGCAGCUGGCUUCACGGUUUUUAGCAAGAUAAGAUUUGAUGUAGCUUCCAUGCAAAUUAAAACCACAGAUUUUCUUUUUGCUCGGACUAUACUUGGGAGAGCAGUACCAUUCGCUACAGCUGGAGAUUGCUACAGUGCUGCCAGAUGUCCACAGGGACAGUUCAGCAUUAAUUUAACUGGUACAGGUCUGAGACUAUCCAGUACAGUUAGGUGGAUUGCUCAGGGCAACUAUGUGACUGCUGACAUACACAAAUCCCAUGAUGGUAUUAAAAUAUAUGGAAGAUGCGGAGGAUUUUGUGGAAAAUGUAUUCCUAGCACAAUUACUGGUCUCCAGCUUCAAAUACAAUGAGCACUCUGAUGUACUAAGAGCAUCAAAGCAGGGACAUCUGCCAUUUAGGCACAAAUUGUAGAUGCUAUGUAUAUAUAUUUUAAUUCUUUCAUCUCUGUAAUGCUCAUUACUGUAACAGUAACUACUAAAAAUUCCUGUUUUCUUCAGGAUUUACUUGGGGUUGUGUUGUGUGUAUGUGGGCUAGCAAGUGCAUAAAUCACAGCCAUAAACCUUCUGGUUAGUGGGGGGCAUUAAUUCAAUAUACAGCAUAUAUUAGCAAGUAAAUUGCACUGAAGUUACUACCAUGGGUAACACUUUAAAUUUUACCAUAAUUGUAAUUCUUUACCUGCAACUGAUCAGUGUGAGUCCUUAUGUGGUAUUCAGUAAAAUUUACACUCUACUGAUCUUCUUGGUUGACUGUACUAGAAUAUAGAAAGGAAAGCUUUAUUGCUCUAUAGAGAAGAAAGGUAAUAAUUUCAAGUGUUUACAAUUUUGUGCAAACUUUUAGGGAUUAUCUGUCAAUAACUUACAGCAGAAAAGUACAUAACCAAAAUACUUGAGAUAGUUUUAUAGAUCUGUGUGUUUCGCUGUCAGUAUAAGCAUUUUUCUCCAUCCCUUUCAUUAUAUUCUUCAUGGUGCUCAAAUCCUAGCAGUAAUCCUGAGAAGUGUGGUUUAGCCUCUGUAGUCUCUAUGGCACAUUUUAAACAUCUGGGCUUAGGUUUGUUGUGGGUACAGGAAAAGAAAAUAAGAAAACAAAUUGCUUUGAAAACUGAUUUUAAAUCCCUGCCUCUCAUCCAAGUAUACUGUAAAAGCAGUGUAUUCUGUUUACCAUACCAGCUUGUAUGUGGUUGUACAACUAUGUAUUUGCUUAAGCACUUUCCAUAUACACCUUACUCCUUUACCCUGGAAAAUAGCAUAUUAGUAAAGGCUGAAGUAUAUGUCCUUCAUGUUCCAAUUCAACAUAAUUUUCAAUAACCUUAGUCAAAAAACUUGACAGAGGCAACAUCAAGCCCCACAGUGGUUUUGGUGUCCAUCUUUGACUCAGUUUGAUUUUUAGACGUUUGCAAAUACAGUUCUAACAUCUGCUAUUUAAAAUUAUUUCUUCGAGAAAAGUAAGUGUAUGAAAAAGUUACAAGGUUUAAAAAAUUAUUUCGCUCUUUGAUUUGUUGUUUUGUAUUACUUUACAGUCCAGAACUGUAGAAAUAUAUGCAUAUACAGAUAAUACAUUUCAGGGCCAACUCUCAGGUAUUCAGAAUAAAAUUUUCUACCUGCAUAAUAACAUAUAUUAUGUACCAGAUAACUAUACAUGCUUUUUCUGAAAAUAUGCAUUCUGUAUACCAAAUAUUUAUUUUGCAUGCUAGUAAAAUUAGUAGGUUAAAUGGCAGCUAUAUCAUAUUUUUACCCACAAAGAGUUAGUCAUGAAUUAGCAACAUGUAUUAAUUAAAAACAAUAUUGUACCACAGAAUUGUAUGCAGUUCCUGUUUUAGAUAACACAUGUAUGUAAUUAUUUUGUGAUCUCUGCAUCAGAAAUGUAUUUUUGCACUAUGUGCCUUGUAAUAGCUGUAAACAUUAAUAAGAAUAUAAAACAUUAUUUUCCUAGAACUGUUUACAUUUACAAUUAAAAUCUUGUAAUUUAUAAAAUAUUUAUAUAAUAAAUAUGUUUGUGUGAAUGAUACCAGAGUACUUUUGUUUGGAAUUUUUUUUUUAUCGUGUGCUUAGUACAAAUGUUGUAAAAACGUUUAAACUUCUUUAUGCACAGAAUAACAGCAUUCUUAAUACUUCUUCGCAGUGGUAUAUGUUGACUUAUACUCGACUAACUGCCACACAAGCAGGUUAUAGUCAUAGGAAUAUUUUCUAUGGAAGCAAAUUCUGCUUCAGAGGGAUGAACUUCAUGUCUAUGUGCUCUUUGCUGUUGUCCACCCAUAUUGCCCUAUACCUUUCUUGGGGGGUUGCCCUGUAAAUCAUUAACUGAAAUAAUUUAGAAAUCUGAAAUUAUCUUCCUUCUCCUUGUGCUAACUCAAACCAAUUCCUUUACAGCAUCGUCCCUUGACAGCUGCUUUGACAGAAGGGAAACUGCAGUUCGCCCCUAUCCCCAGGAGGACCUUUUUCUUUUCAGUCCAUAUAAAGGCUAGAAAGCACUCAGCUCUGCUGCCUCAAAGGCACUCUGAAAAUCCACUACCAAGUAAAAUGACAAUGCAAUAUUCAACACAGCGUGUUUUUCUUGGGUAAUAGAAAUGAUUUUUGAGUAAAAAUGUAUUUUCCAUGAUUCUAGCAAACCCUGUGGCCCACUUCAACUUCUGCAUAGAACAGCACUGUACUUUAUUGUAGUUUUUUGUGUAUUUUCUUUCUUUUAUCCUGGAUUUGGAGUUUCAGCCUAGUGUAGGGAAAAAGUAAUUCCAUGUUCUGGCAUUUUGUGAUUUCCCUGUGUUAGAAUUUUGAUUUUGUUGAGGAAAAAGGGCUUUAUCAAUCACCUUAUUUCAACUUUCUAACUUUUUAUCCCAAAGGCAAUUUAAGGAAAACAUAAGCCUGAUGAUCAGCUCUGAAGAAUUUGGAGACUUGAUGAUGCUGACCUGUUAGAAGGUCCAUGCAAAAAAAAUGAGAAUCAUGGGUUGUACUUGCAACAUUUAAUUGAAGUUGCUGUGAAUUUCCUUCACAAUGGGCAGCCAAGAUGCCUGACAGAGUAGCAGGGUGCCCCAUGAGGGUGCUGUGAGCUCCACCUCAUGGGUCUGCAUGUGCUGAGCUGCUAAUGGCUGGUCACAGUCACACAGCUUGGGUUUAUGCUUAGCUGUCUCAUCACUAUUCUAUACAGAAAAAAACCAACAAACUAAUGGUAGUAGCUAAUGAUUGUUACAUAGCUUAUAGGAUCUUUUCAAUCCCGUCAAUAACAGCAUAUUAGGUGACACAAGUGUACUUAACUUGCUUGUGUGUAUGCACACACACAUUUAAUGUUUAUCUGAAUAUUGAGUGCCAAAGAUGGACUAGAGGUAAAAAACCUUGUUUCUCACAUUUAUCUAACAAAAUGUCAUUUGAUGUGCUAGGAAAUGGUGUACUGCCAUGUGACAGUACCUGUGACUUCUAUUGAUAAAGUCAUCAUUUACAUGUCUUCUGCUUGUAUUUCCCCAAGGGUUAUUAUAUGUUGUAGGUAGCAGAACAGAUGGAAACUGUGGCUCUGGGUACAAAAACAGAUCUCUGUUCUGGCAGAAUUCAUCUUGGUGUAGUCUCCCUCUACAGAGAAGCAGGAUGUGCCCGAGCACAUCCUGGAAUAUAGGUGUUACACAAUCAGUCAACCCUGCAUUCAUGGGAAGAGCUGUGACUGUGUAACUUCAGCAUGUAUAUGUGUCUAUGCUGGUUUCUGGUGGAUGGUCAUGUAUUUUUCAUAUCUAACUGAAAGGCUGUAAUGUUUAAGACAUGCUUGAAAAGAUGAGGGAAAGAUUUGGGCUUUUCUUCCACUCCUGUAACCUGGAAUAUGUUCAGCAUAACUUCUCUAUUUUGUUGACUAUUUGAAAUGAAAGUUACAUGUAACAGGAAGCUGGUUUGUCUUUGCAGUUUUAUUGCAGUAACACAUGAGAUCCCUAAGAAAUUCAGAAUCUAAAUAAAAUAUUACUGUCUUACAAGUGCUUUCUACAUCUUGCAGGGCUUUAAAUAAGAUUAGGGAGGAAGGUGAGGAGUUGGUUUUAUUACUUCCACAAAGAAACAUAGAUUUAUGAAAAUUGACGUCCUGUGGCUAGUGGAUCAGAAAUACGCUGUAGUAUUUUAACUUGAACUAAAAAAAAAAAAAAGGAGCAAAGCUAUUUACAAAAAUAGUUUUCGAGUGAGAUAACUGAAUAUUUAAAUAGGGAACAAUAAAAUGAGCAUCACAUAUAAACAUCACAGCCGAGAUUUCAUAGUAAUCCAUGCUGGCAGUUAAUCCAUGGUGGCUUUAUUUAUAAAUUGAAACCAUUUUUCAAAAUUUAACUUUCAUGAUACAAUAUACUUCCAUAUUUCUACUUUUGUAGAAAUUGAACCAUGAAAUACUAAAGACUGCACUUAAAUACCUUGAAGAGUUACAUGGUGUCUUACUUAAUGUAGGUAAAGUAUGACUGGUGGUCACCGUGGCAGAACCAAUAAGAGAAAAUUUCCUCCAGGCUACGGAGUAGCAACUCUGGGAAGUAUUUCUAUCCUAUGGACCAGCUUAUGGUCUCUCUUGUACGACCUCUUUUGCUCUCCUGUAAUACUUGGCCAUCAUUUCCUGAGCCUUUACGAUUUUUUAGGAUGGUCUCAUUGUAUCUAAGCAUCAAAAACAACAAUGAGAGGGGCCUCAGCCUUUCUCUCUCUCUGGUGUGCUUUGCAAAUAGACUGAAUAGAUCAUGAAAAAAAAAAGUUAUUGCUUUUAAAGGACGUUCCUUCUUCACAAUACUGGCUUUCCUUCAGACAGAGCAGAACUGUGACAAUACAAGGGGAAAAUCAGCUGCAUUUUGUUUAAACAGAAGUACAAGCUGUCUGACUCAGAGUUAGAUCUGUCAUUUAACCUUCCUAUCCACAGAAGGUGAUUUGCUUUUGUACAAUUAAGUUUAUUUUGCAAUACCAUAGCUUGAGAGGCGUUUCUGGGCUUUGUUUUUCCUGGCUUUAGAGAUGCAAUCUGUGCUCUGCUCCUGAUAAAUUUCUCCUUGUGUUCAGUUAUGACAGAUAUUCCUUUGAAUUGACUGUAUAAAAAUACUGUAGCAGCAGAGCAGAGCAAAAAUCUAACUAUAUUUAUGUCUAUAUUCUACCUUUAAACAUGAACAGCUGUGCAUGCAUUCGUCUGUCUCGUGUCUGACUCUGUGCUGCCAUCCAGAACCUUUUCCUUUUUAAUAAACAAAUGUUUUCUUCUUUAA